AUGGCCGGCACCAGCCUUCCUAACGGCUCCUCGACCAGUGCCUCAUCCAGCCACGACUCGACGCCCUGUCGCAAAUCGACUGGCGCGGGCUCAAGCUCGGCCUCCAGCAGCCACGGGACCCACAAUGGCAGGCAUCACGGCGACCCAUCGGAUGCCGGCAGCUCGACGACAACCACCACCACCACCCGCCUGCUCGCAGACAGCAACCUCGUCGUCACGGACACGGCGUCAACCUCGGCCGUUUCCGACUCGAUCCGCGCGUCCACCUCGGCCCUGGGAGAGUCGAUAAGCCGGCCCGUCUCGGCGGCCUCGAUGCGCAUCCGCGUCGAUCGGCCCUCGAACGAGGCCAUCAGCGGCAGGGCGCUCUACACCCACGUCCCCACCGGCUUUGAAGAGGAGCCCCUGCUGCGCCCGCCCUCGCCCGACUACGGCGCCUCUUCGAGCGCAUCAAAGGCUGGUGGCGGCCGCAGCGAUGCCGGCGGCAUCGAUGGCCGGUCUACCUUCAAUGAGCGCCUCACCCAUAUCUUUGCACGCCGCGGCGGCGCACCAGCCUACGGCCGGCCCACGCUCUACAGCCGCCUGCGCCUCACCUUCAGCCAGACGCUGGCCAAUGUGCUGUCUUCGUUUUUCCUCAUCCUCGUCGUCGUCUGGGCGCUCUCGGUGCGGAUCGUCUCGAGCCUGCCGAGCUUCUUUACGCCGCAGAUCAUCGAGGAAAAGGUGUGGGACGACGCGCCACGCUGGAAGAGGGAGAAGCUGGUCAAGGACGUGCGCUACUAUGCCGCCUCGUGCGGCUUCGAGAUCCGCAACGAGACCGUCGAGACCCAGGACGGCUACUUUCUGCGCGUCCACCGCGUCAUUGAUCCGCAGACGACGCACAAGAAGCACGCCGACGGCCGCGGCGGCUUCCCCGUCCUCAUCAUGCACGGCCUCUUCCAGUCCAGCGGCAGCUUUGUCACCAGCGAGGAGAGGUCGCUCGCCUUCUGGCUGGCGAGAAAGGGCGGCUACCAGGUCUUCCUCGGCAACAACCGCGGCGUCUUUGACAUGGGCCACCGCAAGUUCAAGCGCAGCGACCCACGCUUCUGGGACUACAACAUCCGCGAGCUCGCUCUCUACGACCUACCCGCCAUGGUCGACUUUGUCAGGAAGGAGACCGGCUACGACAAGAUUGCCUACAUCGGACACUCGCAGGGCAACUCGACGGCGUUCAUCUCGCUCUCGCAGGGCAUGGUGCCGGAGCUCGGGCAGAAGCUCACCUGGUUCGGCGCACUCGCACCGGCCGUCUACGCGGGCCCGCUGACGUCGUGCUUCCCUUUUACCUCGCUCGGCCACAUGGAGUGGUCGACGUGGAAGCGCUUCUUUGGCGUGCUCGACUUUAUCCCGCUCAUGAAGAUUUCCUACGACUGGACGCCCGCCUAUCCGUACGCGCUGCUGGGCUACCAGAUGUUCGCCUUCCUCUUUGCGUGGACUGACGCCAACUGGCUGCAGCGACGCAAGGCCAAGAUGUUCCGCUUCACGCCCCAGCCCGUCUCGUCAGCCUCGAUCUACUGGUGGGCGGGCAAGGACGGCUUCGCCACGCGCGGCUGCAUCCUCGAUCCGAAAGCCGAGACCUGGUGGAACACGGGCUGCUUCCCGCCGCUCAGCAUCUUCAGCGGCGGCAUGGACUUCCUCGUCCUCACCGAUCCGCUCAUGGACCGGCUCGAGAAGAAGGAAAAGGGCGUCCGGUUGAAGCGCUUCAAGAGGCAGGACGAGGCAGAGCACUGCGACCACUUCUGGGCCGCCGAUGCCGUCGAGUGGUGCUUCGAAGACAUCCUCGCCGACAUCGAGGACACGCGUCCCCCGUACGUCGACGAGGACGACGACGACAGCGGCCGGCGGCGAGACGACCGGGCAGAGGGCCGACAGCGCGGUGACGACCAGCAAAAGCAGCAGCAGAGGCAAGGCAGGCUCGUCGACGUCAUCUAG